CUUGGAUCCUUCUGCUCUUCACCAUCUGAGAUACUUUGUGAUAGCAGAAUCAAGCAUCGUCAUGUCGUCCUCUGUACUAGGUAAAAGGUCUCGAAGCUCGGCAUCGCCGCCCACCGGUCAGGAUUCAGGCCAUCCCGAGGCGAAGGAGUCGGUACAGGCAGAUACGCCUGUCACUUCGUCAGACGUCCCGGUCGAGAUACAAGGGCAAGCUGGUGCUGUUGUCGGUGUGGCUGACGAAGAUGAUGAUGACGACGAGGAAGUUGGACCUAUGCUCGAUGUUGGAGGAGAUGGAGAUGGGAACGGUUCGAACAAGCGAAGGAAGAAGAAAGCCGUACUUCCUCAUGAAAAGGUCUAUCUGGAACACUUGCCUUCCGCUGAACGAUAUUACAAGUCUUUCAUGCACCGAGACCAAAUCAACUUCGUAACCAUGACCAAGACCGACUUUGUAAUCACGACCUCUGUCGAUGGACACGUCAAACUCUGGAAAAAGCAAGCGGACAGUGUCGAAUUCGUCAAGCACUACCGGGCAUCUCUGAACUCGAUCGUUGCCGUCUCGGCCGACCACGAGGGCAAGGUGUUUGCGACAGUGUCGGAAGGGGGAGAAGGCCGUGUUUUUGACGUGGUCAACUUUGAUAUGAUCAACAUCCUAAAAUUCGAUUACACGCCCAAGGCAUGCUGUUGGGUCCAUCACCCUUCAGAUGGACGCUUCCUACUCGCUAUUUCGGAUGCCAAUUCGCCGAAGAUAUAUAUCUAUGACGCCCGUGGCGACGGCACUCCUCUGCAUGUGAUCGAGAAGGUGCACCGAGACAGUGUCCACGUCAUGGUGUACUCUCCACGCUUCGAUUGCGUUCUCUCGGCAGACGAAGCCGGUUUCCUGGAAUACUGGCGGCCGCAGGAACCAUGGGGUCUUCCGGACGACGUCCCUGGUCUCUGGCAGUACAAAAGUCAAACUGACCUGUUCGACUUCAAGAAGAGCAAAUCCGUGCCACACUCGAUCGCACUCUCGCCGAACUCUUCACACUUCGUAACAUUAUCGCUACCAGACCGACAAGUCCGGGUCUUCAACUUCCUGACGGGAAAAAAGACGCGACAAUACGAUGAGUCGUUGACCGCUAUUCAGGAGAUGCAGCAGGCUGGUACUGCUUCUGCGAAACUCGAUGACAUGGAGUUUGGACGAAGAUUGGCAGUGGAGCGGGAGCUCGAAAGGGGUAGCUUGGAAGGCGAGGGUAGUACCGGCAAGGGUGGAUUGCUUAGGACGGCAAACGCUGUGUGGGACGAGAGCGGCAACUUCAUCAUCUACCCUACACUAUUGGGAAUCAAAGUGCUCAAUACGGUAACGAAUCGCGUGUCAAGGAUGUUAGGGACGUCGGAGACUUCGAGAUGGUUGAACCUGGCGCUUUUCCAAGGCGCUCCUUCAAAGAAAGGACUAAAAACAUUGGCGAUGGCUGCAUCGGCAAAUCCUUUGUUAUUAGACACCGAAGGUCGGGAUCCUACCCUUUUUGCGACUGCCUUCAAGAAGCAGCGAUUCUACAUCUUCUCGCGAUCAGAACCAGAAGAUACCAAAGGGGGAGAUCGAGAUAUCUUCAACGAGAAACCGACCAGAGAAGAGCAGACCGUGGCUAUGGAGACGCAACCUGUCAAGGUCGCCGCCAGUGGUCGGACCGCGGUUAUUCAUACCACCAAAGGGGAUAUCCAUUUCCGGCUGCAUCCCGAGUAUGCACCAAAGGCGGUCGAAAACUUUGUGGAGCACUCCAAGAAUGGAUACUACAAUGGCAUCAUCUUCCAUCGAAUCAUCAAGAAAUUUAUGCUGCAAACGGGAGACCCUCUGGGUGACGGUACUGGUGGUUCUUCCAUUUGGGGUUCGGAGUUUGAGGACGAGUUUACUCCAGCUUUGAGGCACGACCGACCCUACACACUCAGCAUGGCGAAUGCCGGUCCUCGCACCAACGGAAGCCAAUUUUUCAUCACGACUGUUCCUACCCCUUGGCUGGACGACAAGCAUACUAUCUUCGGUCGCGCAACAGCAGGACUCGACGUUAUUCAUGCUAUCGAAGACGUGCGAUGCGACAAGACUGAUAAACCAUUUGAGGACAUCAAGAUGGUCUCGAUCGAUAUUGACUGAUCGAGAACGAGAUAUGUUCGUGCUUGAGCGUGUAUAGAGUACGAUCGGGUAUAGGUGUAGUUACAAUGACAAAAGCAGCCAGACCCUCAUGCAAAGCU